UUUCUGCUGUUUCUUCGUGAUCUCGCUUGUGAAUUCUUCAUGUCGAUGCUGAUCUAGCUAGGGUAUUUACAAUGGCGUUUCUUCCUUUCUCCCCAAUGCGCAGGAUUGGCCUGGCCUUAGCUGUUGGUCUUGUUCUUUUCGCCGCAUUGGCCGCAGCUCAAGGGGCCAUCUCCGUGGGCGAUCUGUCUGCCAGUCAAAUUGAGGAGGAAUUGCAGAACUGCCCCCUUGUCGAGUCCCUCAACGAACAUAAGCGCGCUACGAGCCCCCAAACCGCCAGCCUGACAUCGAAGAUCUUCUCAAUCCUCUUCCCUGGUAGCCCGGCUGUGAACUCACUUCUCGCGACUGUAUACAUUUCUGGACCUCCUAACUUCCUCCUUGCGCUAUGCCCUCCAAACAUCGACCCCUCCUCAUUAUCCGUUAUGGUUGCCUUCGCUGUAGGAGGUCUCCUGGGUGACACCCUCUUCCAUCUGCUUCCGGAGAUUUUCCUCGGAGAAGACUCUCCCGACCACGUGCGUUUCGUGAUGGUCGAACCGAACAGGAACCUCCUCCUCGGUCUCGGGAUUAUGGUUGGAUUUUUUACCUUUGUUGCAAUGGAUAAAACCCUCCGCAUCGCAACCGGAGGAGAAGGCCAUGACCACUCCCACUCCCAUAGCCAUGCAGAGCAGGAGACACACGCCGUUACUAGUGGAGCUGAAAGCUCGAACAACACCGAGCUUAAGCAGCGCAAGUCCACCAAGGCUGACUCCGACAGCUCAUCCUUGGUCAAAGAGGACGAAAAGGACGAAAUCAACCCUAGCGUUAAGCUAGGCGGUUACCUCAAUCUCAUCGCCGACUUCACCCACAACAUCACCGACGGUCUGGCGAUGUCCUCUUCUUUCUAUGCCUCCCCAACCAUCGGCGCAACCACCACCGUUGCGGUUUUUUUCCACGAAAUCCCGCACGAAGUCGGCGACUUCGCCCUCCUCAUUCAAUCAGGCUUUUCCAAGCGUAAAGCCAUGGGUGCGCAGUUCGUCACCGCCAUCGGAGCCUUCCUGGGCACUUUGAUUGGCAUCGCAGUGCAAGAGUUCGGCGGCCCAGCAGCCAUUGAUCCCACUUCUGGCUCCUCUUCGCUUUCUGGUCUCCUUGGUACCAGCCUUACAUGGGGCGAUAUGCUCCUCCCCUUUACAGCCGGUACAUUCCUCUAUGUCGGCACGGUGUCAGUUAUCCCCGAACUCCUGGAAACAGGCCAAGACAAACGCGUGGAGAUCAAGAAGACCAUCGUGCAGUUUUUGGCCGUGGCCGUUGGAGCAGGGAUUAUGCUUGUGAUCUCCUGGGAUUAAAGCCGGAUCUACCGUAUCGGCGCGAGUCCGAGCAGUGACGAGUCUCCUAUAAUAUAAUACCCUUAUCUGUAGAUUCAAAUAAUAAUGUGGGAUAUUUCGAUUGAUUACACUGAACGAGACUAAAUUCUUCCUUCUUUCCUGACUUCUACUAGUUACUACUAAGUACUUACAAAACUACCGGAUACCAACAACGCCUACCAAGCACGUAGCUAGGCAACUAAAGGACAAGGAAAUCAAUCCAUCGCACGCUAACACUGAGACGCGGAAAGGAAUGGAUG